AACAACGUUGGGGCAUUUGUGUUAAAACGGCGAAGUCUCAAGCCAACAGAGAUAGGGUUUCGAUUGUCACCACCACCACUUCUGAUUACGCCGUGUUUCUGAUUUCACUUGGUCAUCAAAUACCUCUAGCUUCACUUGGUCAAACAUCAUAAAGCUUUGCCGCCGUCACUAUACGAAGUAACUGACCUCUUCAAUGGCGGAGGUAGAGGAGCUUGAGCACGAGGAGCAGAAUAUCGAGAAGAGAGUGAGGAAGAAAGGUAAACACGACAAGCCGAAGCCAUGGGAUGAUGACCCAAACAUCGACCGUUGGACAAUCGAGAAGUUUGAUCCGGCAUGGAAUCCCACCGGUAUGUUCGAAACCAGCUCAUUCUCCACUCUCUUUCCUCAGUACAGAGAGAAGUAUCUUCAGGAGUCUUGGCCAAGAGUUGAAUCUGCUCUCAAGGAAUACGGUGUCGCCUGCAAGCUCAACUUGGUUGAAGGUUCUAUGACUGUUUCGACGACGAGGAAGACAAGAGAUCCAUACAUCAUUGUCAAAGCUAGGGAUUUGAUUAAGCUUCUUUCCCGAAGUGUCCCUGCUCCUCAGGCUAUUAAGAUUCUCGAAGAUGAGGUGCAAUGUGAUAUCAUCAAGAUCGGUAACUUGGUUAGGAAUAAGGAAAGAUUUGUUAAAAGAAGGCAGCGGCUUGUGGGUCCUAAUUCUUCUACCUUGAAGGCGCUGGAAAUAUUAACCAACUGUUAUAUUCUAGUUCAGGGAAGUACUGUAGCCGCGAUGGGUCCAUUUAAAGGUCUCAAACAGCUCAGAAGGAUUGUGGAAGACUGCGUACAGAAUAAAAUGCAUCCUGUAUACCAUAUAAAGACUCUCAUGAUGAAAAAGGAACUGGAGAAGGAUCCAGCUCUUGCAAACGAAAGCUGGGAUAGGUUUCUUCCCACAUUCAGGAAGAAAAAUGUUAAGCAAAAGAAACCCAAAAGCAAGGAGAAGAAGCCAUACACACCUUUCCCACCGCCUCAACCGCCUAGCAAGAUUGAUAUGCAGUUGGAGUCUGGAGAAUACUUUAUGAGUGACAAAAAGAAGUCAGAGAAAAAAUGGCAGGAGAAGCAAGAGAAACAGACAGAGAAGAGUACUGAGAACAAAAGAAAGAGAGAUGCCUCAUUCCUCCCACCUGAGGAGCCUAUGAACAACAAUAGCAAGGCAAACAAUUCAGAGGAUGGAAAGAAUGACAUAACCGAGCUAACACAAUCCUUGAAGAGCAAGACAAAGGAGUUUAAAAAGCAGAAAAAGACACACGAGAGAGUGAAUGCAGAGGAGUAUAUUGCUGGUAGCAAUUGGGGUAUGCCUCCAGCUUGUGAUGGGAAUAUAUAUGCCUGCAAUGCCACUCUGCUUCAGCUUCCAUUGGAGAGAGAGAAGUUUUGGGUUGUAAUGGGGGAUAUAACUUGGGUUGAAGAGGGUAAUGGUGGCUCUGUGAUUUCUUCGAGGAAAAGGAAAGCGAGACCUAAACGAUUCGAAUUUGUAGGAUGGGGUUCGAAACAACUCAUUGAGUUUCUCAAAUCACUUGGUAAAGAUACUUCAGAAAUGAUCUCUCGUUAUGAUGUUAGUGACACUAUUGCUAGGUAUAUUGCAAAGGAAGGUCUUUUAGAUCCUUCCAAUAAGAAGAAAGUUGUGUGCGACAAAAGAUUGGUUUCGCUUUUCGGGUCUAGGACGAUUUUCAGGAUGAAAGUCUAUGAUCUCCUUGAAAAGCAUUAUAAAGAGAACCAGGAUGAUUCUGACUUUGAUUUUCUCUACGAGGAUGAGCCGCAGAUCAUUUCUCAUUCGGAGAAGAUAGCUAAACGGACAGGUAAGGUUGUUAAGAAACCUAGAGGUACUUUUGCUGCUAUUGUGAGUGAUAAUAUCAAGCUUCUCUACUUGAGAAAGAGCUUAGUCCAGGAAUUGGUGAAGUCUCCUGAUACCUUUGAGAGUAAAAUGUUGGGAAGUUUUGUGAGGAUCAAGUCUGACCCUAAUGAUUAUCUUCAGAAGUACCCUUAUCAGCUUGUUCAGGUGACAGGCGUGAAGAAGGAACCUGGGACUGAUGAUUUUCUUCUUCAGGUUACAAAUUAUGUGAAAGAUGUUUCUAUAUCUGUGCUGUCUGAUGAUAAUUUCUCCCAGGAGGAAUGUGAAGAUUUACAUCAGAGAAUAAAGAACGGACUUCUAAAGAAGCCCACAAUUGUGGAGAUGGAAGAAAAAGCUAGAAGUUUACAUGAAGAUCAGACAAAACACUGGCUUGGAAGAGAAAUUUACCUGGAGAAGCGGGAGCUUCUUCAAAAUCCAGAAGAACAGGCCCGUCUACUCCGCGAAGUUCCAGAAGUUAUUGGAGAGGAACCUGUACCAAACCCUGAAGUGUCGUCCCCUGAGGCUCAUAAAAGUGACAACGAGCAACGAUUGAGUGAAUCCCCAUUAUCGUGCAUCCAAGAAACCCCAGAAGUUCGCAACCUCUUUGGUGGAGAAGAUCAACAAUUUAAUAAUGGCUAUCUGAUGUCAAACCCUGGCUCAACUCCGGGAAUCACGUCUUAUGGUACGGAAAUUAACGAGGGAUUACCAACAUGGAUUGCUUCUGCAGGUGAUGAAUAUCUUCAUGGAGAUGUAGAGCAGCCAGCAAAUGGCAUCGUUGGAGGAGAGACGCCGACUAAAGAGUGUAUAGUUUCUCAGCUUCAGUCAAGUAUACCAGUAAUUAAUCUAAACAACGGAUCUCAAGUUCAACCAAAUCCAUCAGAAGUAAUCGAACUGAGCGACGAUGAUGAAGAUGAAAACGAUGAUGGAGAGACCCUGGACCCUAAAGUUGAAGACGUCCAGGUUCUGUCUUAUGAUAAAGAAAAGUUAAACUGGUUAUACAAAGAUCCCCAGGGUCUUGUACAGGGACCAUUCUCUCUCAUACAACUCAAAGCUUGGAGAGACGCGGAGUACUUCACCAAAAACUUCAGGGUUUGGAUGACAGGAGAAAGCAUGGAUUCCGCAGUUUUACUAACCGAUGUUCUUCAUGAGAUUUUGAGAGUAGGCCGAAAUUGGAGCCGUGUUUUUGGUUCAGUUUCUCGAGGGUUCGAUUUCGGAUUCGUGAGCUUUUGGGGACUGGAGAAAAUGGACAACGGCCAUGAAGAAAGACUUGCCGAGAGGUUUUCAGGAGUGGAACUCGGAGAAUCUUCAGGUUCCCAUGAAAACGACGUUAAAAACGAUAGCUUGUUUCAAGUUAUCAAAGCUGUUGAAGCAGCAGAAGCCACAAUCAAGCAGCAGGUGGAAGAGAAUAACCUCUUAAAGGCUGAACUUCAGAGAAGAUAUCUGGAGCUUGCCAAAUAUAAAUCAGGAGAAUCCUUGCCCCAGACAUCUGAUCUAGGAAACCACUCGAAUACUACAACCGGUGGGUCUUCCCCGUUACACCAGUCGGCCGCUGGUAUUAAUCUAGUUGACCGGAGGAAAGGCAAAAUCAAUGCUUCAGGUACUGAUUCGUCAGGUAUGCUGGUUGUUCACCAGCAUGUGUAUCCAAAUGGAGAGGAAGCUACUGUGAGUAAUCGUUCUGAAGACCAUUCUGAGAGAAUCAUGACUAAUGGCAUUGUCAGAGGAACUGUAGGUGGUGAGGGAACCUCUCAAUUGUCUUCGUCGCCAUCUACAAUAUCAUUAUCUCCUAUGAGACCGCUAUUGGAAGGAGAUCAUGACUCACACAUCAACUCGUCUUCUCAUGAGUUGAUGCCAGUAGGUGAAGUAAAUAAUUCGGGGACUGCAUGGAAGCAGGAACUCGUUCACAAGGUCCAAGAACAAGAACAAGAGAUUUUGCGCUUACGAAAAUAUCUUGCUGAUUAUUCUGCCAAGGAAGCCCAAAUACGCAAUGAAAAAUAUGUUUUGGAAAGGCGUAUUGCGCACAUGCGUUCGGCAUUUGAUCAACAACAACAAGACCUUGUUGAUGCUGCAUCAAAAGCUCUUUCUUACAGACAAGAGAUCAUUGAGGAAAAUAUACGCCUAACAUAUGCCUUGCAGGCUGCAGAGCAAGAGAGGUCUAUGUUUGUAUCGAACUUGUUACCUCUUCUAUCAGAAUAUUCACUGCUUCCACAGAUCUCGGAUUCUCAGUCUAUUGUUAGCAAUGUGAAGGUUCUAUUUAGGCAUCUGCAGGAGAAGCUCAAUGUUACUGAGACAAAGCUAAAGGAGACAGAAUACCAAUUAGCACCUUGGCAGUCAGAUGUAAACCACUCAAAUGCUUCACCUUUGUCACCAUAUCAGCCUGUUGGCAUGGGUUUGAGAUAUUCAACAGAUCCAGAACACCAUCAUCAAGACAGGCGUGGUGGCUCAGCUGCGAGUAUUUACCAUCUUGAUGGUCCUGAGAGUAGAUCGCCAGCCUUCCAGAUGCCUGUGCAACCAGCUCUCAAUCAAGAUGAAUCUCAUGGACCAAAUAAUCGUGUUCAGUUUCGUGAGCCUCUCAGCAAUACUUUUAUGGACGAUGCAUAUGCUGACGUACAAGCAGAUACAAAUACAACUUUGGAAAAUUCGACUUAUGUGGCUGUUGAUGAUCCUAGCCCCUCAAAUUAUCCGAUUUUGGCCCCAGUUCUUGAAGAACCAUCUUCAUCAUUUUCCGAGGCUGCGGAUGAUGAUCCGUUGCCAGGUAUAGCAGACUUACAGAUAUCAGGAGAACCUUUUCCUGGACGAGAGCUUCAGGUUUCUGGUCACUCUAUCAACGGAACGACAAAAUGUAAUUUUGAGUGGGUACGGCAUCUGGAAGAUGGAUCAGUGAACUACAUUGAUGGAGCAAAGAGGCCAGAUUAUCUUGUCACAGCCGAUGAUGUUGAUUUAUACCUUGCUAUUGAAGUUCACCCCUUGGAUGACAAGAACCGCAAGGGGGAGCUUGUGAGGGUCUUCGCCAAUGAAAAUUGCAAGAUCACGUGUCAUCCGGAGAUGCAGAGUCAUAUAGAGAAGAGUCUUUAUAACGGUCAUGCUUUAUUCAAAGUCUCCUAUUCGAUUGGUUAUAUGGAUAUAUGGGAAGCAGCUACCUUGUCUAUUAAGAAAGAAGGCUGCAGCAUCAAACCUACUAAUGACCCUGUAAUAACAGAAAAGUUCUCCUCUUCUACUAAUAUUGUGAUUCCCUUUGAUCAGCCUGCGGAUUUUGUGAUUAUUGGUAGCGAUGGUGUGGAGCAUCUCUGUCGAGUGGUCAAUGAUGCAACAGAUCUUAGCUGCUCAAGAGACACAAUUGUGCUCACCCUUAGAUUAUUUCUUAAGAAGGCUCUGCAGAGAAAGAAGGGGAAGAAAAAAGGAUUUUUUCCCAAACCGACAGAUGGUGGUGUGCGUCGUAUCCGUCCAUUACCGGGAUCGUACAGAUAUUAUCCAUAUGCUACGGGGACGUCCUCUGGGAAAGAGCACGUUAGAGAGGAGGUUGUACAACUAGGAGUUGAUCUCUCAAUCUCUCUAGCUAAUUCCAUGUUCUUGCUGUGUGAUGACAUUCAUACCAUGUUGUGGUUCUGCUUUAAGCUCUUGAAGUAUACAUUACCUCCCUCUGAUCCUGUGUUAGAAAGGCUGCUUCGUGUUGUUCACUAUGUCUACUCAACGGAUAUCAAACCCAAGAACAGAGCUUGUCCCGAUGGUGGCAACUCGGUCCAAUGGGAACUGGUCAGGACCACUUGGAAGGACUUUACUGACGGGAUCAUCAUUCUGAGUCGCCUUGUUUCGCUUCUCAGGAAGAAAGAUUGCUCUUUCGAUGAUCGGCUGUUGUCUUCUGCUAUUAUAAAAUACAAACAACAAGUGCUGAAGAAGCUAGAAGAUAAAUUGAUGUCCGCAAAAGAUGUUUCAGAGCUUAAUGGUUUUGAGAGGGAGACAGUAGCGUCUAACGUUUCUGACCUGUGGAAGUCUCUCUUUGACGAAGAAGCUGGCGAAUCAACUCCUGAAGUGGCGAGGAGUAGGAUCCAUAGCGACCUGUUUCAGCCUAUUUCGGGGGACUCCUGCCAUGGCGAGAUACCGGCACUACCCGUUUAUCCACCUUACAUUCUAGGGGCUGAAUUUGCAAAGCAGGAGCUUAUAGAGGAGGUUGUGCAACUAGGAGUUGAGCUCUCGCUAUAUGUUGCUGAGUCGAUGUUCUUGCUGUGUGAUGAAAUUCGUAGCGUGUUACAGUUCUGCUCGAACUUAUGGAGAAGGGUUAAAAGGGACCCGAACGUUGGUAAUCCCGCAGGGGAAAGGCUGCUUCGUGUUAUUCAUCAUGUCUACUCAAAAGAUAUCAAACCAAAGAAUAGAGUGUAUCAUAUUGGUGGCAAGUCGGUCCAAUGGGAUUUGAUCAGGACGACUUUUGAGGAUUUUGAUGCUGGAAUGAGUGAUAUGCACAAUCUUUUUUUAAUUCUCGAAGUAAAGGGAACCUGGGCAAAUGGCCGAGAGUAUACCUCUAGUGUUGAAGAAGUUCUGAAGAAGUUAGGUGGGAAGUUGAGGUGUGCCAAGGAUGUUUCAGAGGCGAAUGGGUUUGCGAGGGAAGCGAUGAAGUCUAACAUUUUGGACAUGUGGAAGUCUCUUUUUGACAGAGAAACAGUGGAAGUAGCAUGGACUCGUAAAGUGAGGAGGGAAGAGAUUCUUUCUGACCUGUUUCAGCCAUUGUUGAAAGAAUACGAAGAAGCAAAACAACAUUAGCCUACUAGCAGGUGUCUUCUUUGUUCUAUAUAUCGUCGGAGUAGAGGUCCCUUUAUU